GGAGUGCUGUGCCGCCACCGCAAGUACGCGUAAGGAUCUCCGCAUGGUCCGACAGACAUGUUGCAGCACGCUUCCAAUCAUGAUGUGGUCGUACUGCUCGUUGCUUUCAGCCUGUCACUACUGAGCGGCGAGUGGGCCCUCGCCGAGUCCGAGAAAGUCGAACAAGACUACACUGUGGUUACCCUAGCGGACAUCCAGCGAUUGGGAGAGGCCAAACUCGACGAUGCCGCAAGAAGCUACAUCGCCAGCGGAGCGGACCAGGAACAGACUCUCAGGGAGAACACCGCGGCGUUCACGAGGCUUCGCUUCAGGCCCAAGGCCCUUGUGGACGUAUCGAAGAUCAACACUGCUACUACCGUGUUAGGUCGGAGAAUAUCUUUUCCUGUGGGCUUCUCCCCUUCAGCUGCUCACAUGAUUGCAGACCGGGUGGGUGAGUUGGGCACUGCAAGAGCUGCACGGGACGCGGGCACACUGAUGAUCGUGAGCGCCAUGAGCACCACGUCGUUGGAAGACAUCAGAGCCAGCGCGCCGGAUUGCCUGCUGUGGCAGCAGACUUACAUCUUCACCAACCGCUCCUUGACCAAGUCCCUUGUCAGGAGGGCAGAACAGCAGGGAUUUGCCGCCAUUGUUGUCACUGUGGACUCGCCUGUCGCUGGACAGGCCGUAAGCCUCAGCAACAACAAGUUUGUCCUUCCGGAAGGCCUCAGAUUCGCCAACCUGGAAGCCUCAUGGCCUGGUAGAUCAUUCACAUUCGACCCUUCCAGCAAGGACUUCAUUGGUAACCUUCUGUCACCUUCUGCGACGUGGGAGGACUUCCGCUGGUUGCGCAGCAUCUCGACUCUACCCAUUGUUGUCAAGGGUAUCUUGACUGCUGAAGCGGCGCUGACGGCUUACCAGAACGGUGCGUCGGCAAUUCUGGUCUCAAACCAUGGAGCGCGGCAGCUUGACGGAGACCCUGCGACGAUCGAGGCCUUGCCAGAGGUGGUUGCAGCUGUGGGUGACCGCAUGGAAAUCUACUUGGACGGCGGCGUGCGUACGGGAGCCGACGCUGUGAAGGCGUUGAGCAUCGGUGCCCGUGCGGUCUUCGUCGGAAGGCCGGUACUCUGGGGACUCUCUUACAAGGGAAAAGAAGGUGUCGACCAGGUUCUGGAUAUUCUUAGGAGCGAAUUCAAUCGAACUAUUCAGCUACUAGACGUUGCAAUGGCGAGCACGCCACUGUUGACUGCGUGCAACCACGUUCGUAUGCUGCUGCGGUGGCACCAGCAACGCCCGCACAACCAGCUCUGGAGGACAACGCACCUGAAGGAACAGCGCAGACGCAAACCACUGAUCAACCAGGAGAAGAAGAAAGUGGACCAGAGGUGCCGACGCCAGCGUCCGCCGUUGCUGCGAUGCACCGUCUUCUCCCUCUUCUGA